UGUUGCCGUUUCUUUAAUCAGAGAUAUGUUUCACACAAAAUCGCAUGCAAUGAAAUUGAUUUUUGGUUUGAGUUGCAAUUGAAUUUAACCGGUGAACUUUUUGAACAAUUGAAACCAUUAGAAUCAAAGAGCGUAACAAAUUUUGAAUAUAAUUAAAGGUAAAAAUUUUAGAUUGGUCAUUAAAACAUCACAACGGUAAACCUUUCCAAUUUAUUGAUGGAGUUUAAAUUGUGUAAAGGUAGCUGAAAUUGGUCUGAACAGCUAUCAUAAUGGGUUCCAUUAGUAAUAAUUGAGAUCCUUUGAGAUGCCAAAAAGAUAACGAAUGAAGCGGAAAUUUCAUGGACAGGGUUCAUAUCAUUUAAAUGGUGAUAGUUUGUGAUGAUAGACGAUAAAAUUUGGCCUUCAAGUGCCAUGGAAUCGGAGAUUUUAAUAAAAUGCCGAUGAACAUCAUAUAUUGUAGGAGUUAUCGUCCAGUUUCACAGUUGAAAUACAGCAGCUUUUAGUGAUUUCAUCUACUAUUUGGUUUUACGAAUUUAGAAAUUGCUGGCCCAUGAAAAGUCUAUUGUUUCCGUUGGCUAUUGUUUAGUAACCAAUUUGAUCCAAAAAUCCAUUGGAUGAACAGCAGUUGAAUGAGUCUUUUGAUGGUUGUAUUAAAAGGCGCUUUUUAUCACAGACAUUGUUGAUUGUUAUUCUCAUAUUGGUAGUCAAUUUUCUAUCCUCAUGGAGAACACUGUUUCUAAUGAGAUCAUCUAAGGGUAGGAAGGUGAUUUAAGCGAAUUAAAUGAAGCAGAUUAAGUUUUACUCAAUUUAGCAGAAGAUGAAAAUUAAUAAACGAAAAAUGUACAAUUUGCAUUUUUUGGUCGCCAUCUAAUGGUGUCUUUUUCAACUACUGUAGUUUCAUUCUUUUUCGUGGUUCUCAAGUUUAACAUGUAAAUCACAUGUUUGUUCUGUUGUUUUAUUUUUCUUGUCUGUUUAUUUCACCUGAUUUUUAAAAAUGGACAAUAAAGACGGAGAAUCGAAAAGGCCUACAUGUAUCAUUGUUAUGGGCAUGGCAGGGUCAGGGAAAACAUGUGUCGUUCAGCGCCUUACUGGUGAUCUUUAUUCUAAAGGUAAACCGCCUUAUGUUUUAAAUUUGGACCCAGCAUGUAUAGAAUUACCAUAUCCAGCUAACAUUGAUAUAAGAGACACUGUCAAAUAUAAAGAAGUCAUGAAACAGUAUGGACUAGGACCAAAUGGUGGUAUAAUUACAUCAUUGAAUCUCUUCUCAACUCGAUUCGAUCAAGUUAUGCAGCUGCUAGAAAAACGCCGAUCAGAACAUGAAUAUGUUAUAAUUGAUACUCCUGGGCAAAUCGAAGUGUUUACAUGGUCUGCUUCAGGAUCAAUUAUCACCGAGACACUUGCCUCAACUUAUCCAACUGUCAUUGUUUAUGUGAUGGAUAUUGUUCGAAAUGUCAACCCAGUUACGUUUAUGUCAAAUAUGCUCUAUGCUUGCUCAAUCAUGUUCAAAACAAAGCUACCUUUUCUUGUUGUGAUGAACAAGAUUGAUGUUCAUAGUCAUAAGUUUGCAUUGGAGUGGAUGAAUGACUUUGAAUCCUUUGAAGCAGCCUUAGAAAGUGAAUCAUCAUACAUCAGUAAUCUUACCCGAUCCAUGUCAUUGGUUUUGGAUACAUUUUACAAAGAUCUUAAAUCAGUAGGAUUCUCAGCCGUCUCUGGUGCUGGAAUUGACCAAUUUUUCAAGUCUAUUGAUUCAGGAGCUGAAGAGUAUUAUAAAGUCUAUCGUGUUGAAUAUGAAAGAAUAAAAAAAGAAGCAGAGGAAGCCAAGAACAAUGAGAAAAAAGAACAAAUGAAAAAAGUGGAGUCGUCCUCGGGAUCUGGUGAAGAAUUGAUGUCUUUUGGUUCACAAAACAUAGAACCUGGUAAAUCAACUAGAACGAAACCUAGAACAAUAUCUAUUAUUGAAGAAGAAACCAGUGAACAGAUGCAGAACGAGUCAAGAGACGUCGAAAUUAAAAGCGAAGAAGAAGAAGCAGAAGAAGAAGAAGAUGAAGAGGAGCGUAAAGAAUAUGAAGAAUUCAAAAAAUAUUUAGCCACAAUAAAAUAAUUUUGUUUAAAUUUCGUUUAA